CUUUUGUUGACUAAACUUGAUUCUAAAGAAAGAAAGAAAGCAAAAGAGAAAACAAAGACGAAGACUCUCAUCGUCUCUUCUCUUUUCCCCUCUCUCUCUAGCUUAUUGAUGAUCUUGAAGCAAGAAUCAUGAGCAUCCUUCACAGGUUUCUGUCGAAGGAUAUGACCAACAUCACGGACACGGACUGUUUGGUUUGCAAAGAAGAACUCGCAACUUUAGGAGUUUGUGGACCCAUUUGUUCUAAAGACUGUCUUUCCAUCUGCGAGAACUACCUAGAUACAGAUCUUUCUCCACCUCCAGUGAUCCACCACUACAUAGACGAAAACGUGAAAAGGAUCUUGAUCAUCUCAACUUCCUCCAUCAUCACAACUCUGUUUCUCCUUACUCUACUCGUUCUCUGUUUCAAAUGGUACAACAGGAGGAGAAGAUCGAUAGCUAUAUCAAGAAGAUGGAGCAUGGAGGAAGCUAGAAACUGGGACUUUGAUGGACCGUCACCGGUUAUUGUUGAUCAUCCGGUUUGGCAUAUAAGAACCAUCGGUUUGAAUCCAACGGUUAUAAGCUCGAUCAAAGUUUGUAAGUAUAGCAAACAAGAUGGUGUGGUGGAAGGUACAGAUUGUUCGGUUUGUUUAAGCGAGUUCGAAGAAGAAGAGACGCUUAGAUUGUUACCAAAGUGUAGACAUGCUUUUCAUGUUCCUUGUAUUGAUACUUGGCUUAGAUCACAUACCAAUUGCCCGGUCUGUCGUGCUCCCGUUGUCGCGGUAAGUGAUGAUGAUAGUGGUGACGAUGUUGAGGAGGUCCUUGUGAGGAUACCGGAGGAGGAAAGUGGAGAACUCAAUGAAGAAACCGAGAGAGGUGAUGAGGAAGAAGCUGAAGAGUUUUUUAGUAUUGUUGUUAGUGAUGAAGAAGAAGAAGAUAAGUCGUUGCAGCUAGUGAGGAGGUCAGUGUCUUUUAGCUCGAUAUCGGGUUUAAGGGUAAGUGAAGUUGUUGCUGCUGGUAGAGGAAAAGAGAAGUUGAAGAGAGGCAAUUCUGGAUCUUCUGUUGUUGGGAGGUCAACUUUCUUGAAGAGGUCUAUCUCUUACAAUGGUAAGUAGUAAGAGCUCUAUAUAGGCUUCUUGAAGACAUCUACAAAUGUAGUAUAUUCUUUUUUGAAAGAAAAUCAAAAUAAGAAAAAUAAGGUAGAUUAUAUGUAUUUAAGGUGAUAUAAAGAGGAUGAUCCUACUGCAUAUUGUUUAUCAAAGCUGCUACGCUUGUCAAGUUAAAAGAGUUCUCACAGCUUAUACUUUGCUUUAGAUACAACAGGUUGUAAGUUGAUAAGUAUUAAUAUAUAUACCAAAGGUUUCAUUUUGAA